GAUAUGCAACAGUUGGCUCCCUGACGCUGAACUGUAGCCACCAUGAACUGUCUGCGAGCUCUUACGCUGAUGGUGGUGGUGAUGGCCGCGGUGUGCGGGGCCAUGGCCGACCCUGACCCUGAGGCAGGAGGCGGCUAUGGUGGUGGACACGGUGGAAGAGGAUUUGGUGGUGGAGGAUUCAGUGGCGGCGGACUCGGUGGAUUCGGUGGCGGCGGACUCGGUGGAUUCGGUGGCGGCGGACUCGGUGGACAUGGUGGCGGCGGAUUCGGUGGUAGAGGAUUCAGUGGUGGCGGAUUCAGAGGUGGUAAAGGUGGCGGUUUUGGUGGUGGGUUUGGCGGUGGAGGAUUUGGUGGCGGUGGCUUUGGCGGAGGCGGCUUUGGCGGUGGCCAUCGUGGUGGCGGCUUUGGCGGUGGCCAUCGUGGUGGCGGCUUUGGCGGUGGCCAUCGUGGUGGCGGCUAUGGCGGUGGCCAUCAUGGUGGCGGCUAUGGCAAGUAGAGGGCAACAGACUGGAGGGCGGCUGGAGGGACCCGUGAACGACACCCGCCCGUGAGAACGACCAUCACUGACGACACACCAUUCAACAUUAUUAACACCGAAACAUCUCCAACACACGACUUUCCGAAACAACUGAUCAUAAAGAAAAUGAACAAUAAAAAACACAAAAACAUCA